CCGGCGCUUCCUUCCGGCCGCCAUUUUGUCGGCCGUGCCUCGCCGCUCGGGGAGGGAGCGCAGAGCGCCCGCCCGCCGCACCCGGACGGACCGACCGCCACACGGACAGACCGACCGCCCGCCGUCGCCAUGUCCAAGCGCCACCGCCUCGAUCUGGGCGACGAUUACAGCUCCAGCAAGAAACGCACCACCGACGGGAAAGAUCGUGACCGGGACAGGGACCGAGAUGACCGUUCGAAGGAUCGUGACAGGGAUCGUGACAGAGAUAGAGAUCGUGACAGAGAAAGGGACAAGGAAAAAGAUCUGCGACCUACAUCUAACUCGACGUAUUAUGCAGCUGCUGGUAUACCAGCUAUAAAACCAGCAAUGAUUCCACACAGUAUUAACCCUUUCACAAAUCUGCCACAUACCCCACGGUAUUAUGAUAUCCUGAAGAAAAGGCUACAACUUCCUGUCUGGGAAUAUAAAGAAAGAUUCACAGAUAUUUUGGUUAGACAUCAGUCAUUUGUGCUGGUUGGAGAGACUGGGUCUGGUAAAACAACACAGAUCCCUCAGUGGUGCGUUGACUACAUGCGCUCCUUGCCGGGCCCGAAGAGAGGUGUGGCGUGUACCCAGCCGCGGCGAGUGGCUGCCAUGAGCGUGGCGCAGCGCGUUGCUGACGAGAUGGAUGUCAUGCUGGGCCAGGAGGUUGGCUACUCCAUUCGGUUUGAAGAUUGCAGUAGUGCAAAAACCAUUCUGAAGUAUAUGACUGAUGGUAUGUUACUUCGUGAAGCAAUGAACGAUCCUUUGCUGGAGCGCUAUGGGGUUAUAAUUCUUGAUGAGGCCCAUGAGAGAACACUGGCUACGGAUAUCUUGAUGGGAGUUCUGAAGGAAGUUGUAAGACAGAGAUCUGAUUUGAAGGUUAUAGUUAUGAGUGCUACUUUAGAUGCUGGCAAGUUUCAGAUCUAUUUUGAUAACUGUCCUCUCCUGACCAUCCCGGGCCGCACCCAUCCUGUGGAGAUAUUCUAUACUCCAGAACCCGAAAGGGACUACCUUGAGGCUGCCAUUCGAACAGUGAUUCAAAUUCACAUGUGUGAAGAGGAAGAAGGAGAUCUCUUACUCUUUCUUACUGGACAAGAGGAGAUUGAUGAAGCCUGCAAGAGGAUAAAACGUGAAAUUGAUGACUUGGGUCCUGAAGUUGGUGACAUAAAAAUCAUUCCAUUGUAUUCCACCCUUCCUCCACAGCAACAGCAAAGGAUAUUUGAACCUCCGCCACCAAAAAAACAAAAUGGAGCAAUAGGAAGAAAGGUUGUGGUGUCCACUAACAUUGCUGAGACAUCAUUGACAAUAGAUGGCGUCGUGUUUGUGAUUGAUCCUGGCUUUGCAAAACAGAAGGUGUACAACCCUCGUAUCAGGGUGGAGUCUCUGCUGGUGACUGCCAUCAGUAAAGCGUCUGCCCAGCAGCGAGCUGGCCGUGCUGGUCGUACUCGGCCAGGCAAGUGUUUCAGGCUGUAUACAGAGAAAGCCUACAAAACUGAAAUGCAGGACAACACAUACCCUGAAAUUUUGAGGUCUAACUUAGGAUCUGUAGUAUUACAGCUCAAGAAGCUUGGUAUAGAUGAUUUGGUGCACUUUGAUUUUAUGGAUCCUCCAGCUCCCGAAACUCUGAUGAGAGCUUUAGAGCUUUUGAAUUAUCUGGCCGCUUUAAAUGAUGAUGGAGACUUGACUGAGUUAGGAUCCAUGAUGGCUGAAUUUCCAUUGGAUCCACAGCUGGCUAAAAUGGUUAUUGCCAGCUGUGACUACAACUGUUCUAAUGAGGUCCUAUCUAUUACUGCCAUGUUGUCAGUCCCACAGUGUUUUGUUCGCCCCACGGAAGCAAAGAAAGCAGCAGAUGAAGCCAAGAUGAGGUUUGCCCACAUAGAUGGAGAUCAUUUGACGUUGCUGAAUGUCUACCACGCUUUCAAGCAAAAUCAUGAGUCGGUUCAGUGGUGUUAUGACAACUUCAUUAACUACAGGUCCCUGAUGUCUGCAGACAAUGUACGCCAACAGCUGUCACGAAUCAUGGAUAGAUUUAAUUUGCCUCGUAGAAGCACAGAUUUUACCAGCCGAGACUAUUACAUCAACAUAAGAAAGGCAUUAGUUACUGGGUAUUUCAUGCAGGUGGCACAUUUGGAGCGAACAGGGCAUUACUUAACAGUGAAAGAUAACCAGGUGGUGCAGCUGCAUCCCUCCACUGUUCUUGAUCACAAACCAGAAUGGGUGCUGUAUAAUGAGUUUGUCCUUACAACGAAGAAUUACAUCCGGACAUGUACAGACAUCAAGCCAGAAUGGCUGGUGAAAAUUGCCCCUCAAUAUUAUGACAUGAGCAAUUUUCCACAGUGCGAAGCAAAGAGACAGUUGGAUCGCAUCAUUGCCAAACUUCAGUCCAAGGAAUACUCACAGUAUUGAAUUUAUGCUUUGAACUGAAGUUAUUCAGAGGACAGCUUUAAGAGAUGAAAGGAUUCAAAGUUCAAGUUGUGCUCUUCACUUUGGUUCAAUAAUGGCCUUUAUUUGAAAGCUUUUUAAUUUUUCUUUACAGUAAAUAUUCCAUUCUGAUUUCAUAAAUUAAACAUUUAUGCCUCCCUUUUGUGUUGACACUGUAGCUCAUACUGGAAAAGCUAAUCAAUGUUUUGCAGUUUAUUGAAAGUAGUUCUAUAUAUAACAAUGUUAUAAGCAUUUCUUUAGAAAUGGUUGAAAAUGCUUCUAAAAUGUGAUUAUCGACCAUGGUAUGCAUGAUCGUUGUAAUUGUUGACAUUCCUUUUAGAAGUUGUGAAAUGUUACAACUUGUGCUUCUGUAGACACAAUCUUCGGCUUCAGUACAAGGGUACUGACUUCAAUAAAGUCUAUUUAUACUAA